AUGCAUCAGCCAUCGAUUGCGGCAGCUUUGACGGCAGCGCUGGCUGCCUUGCCGUCGGCCCAGGCUGCCAUGUACACCAAGUCGUCACCCGUUGUCCAGCUGAACGCACGCAACUUUGACAGUCUCAUCACUAAUUCAAAUUACACAUCUAUUGUUGAGUUCUAUGCACCAUGGUGCGGCCACUGCCAGAACCUGAAGCCUGCGUACGAGAAGGCAGCGAAGAACCUGGAUGGCUUGGCCAAAGUCGCAGCCAUUGACUGUGAUGAUGAUGCCAACAAGCCAAUCUGUGGUGCUCACGGCAUCCAGGGCUUUCCCACGCUCAAGACCUUCCGUCCUGGGAAGAAAGCCGGUAAACCUGUCGUAGAGGACUAUCGUGGACAGCGCACCGCAUCGGGCAUUACCGACGAAGUCGUCAACAAGAUCAACAACCAUGUCGCGAAGCUUACGGACAAGGACUUGGACGCCUUUUUGGAGAAAUCUGGACCCAAGGCAUUACUCUUCACGGAAAAAGGCACGACGAGCGCCCUUUUGCGCAGCAUCGCCAUUGACUUCCUGGACGUCAUCAAGGUUGGCCAGAUUCGCAGUAAGGAGACCGCAGCCGUGGAGCGAUUUGGUAUUGAAAAAUUCCCUUCGCUCGUCCUCAUCCCAGGCAGUGAGGACACAGAGCCAGUCGUCUACGGUGGCGAGCUCAAGAAGGCGAGCAUGGUAGACUUCCUCAAGCAGGCCGGCGAGCCCAAUCCUGACCCGGCGCCGGCCAAGGGCAAGGGGAACAAGGCCAAGGCGAAGCCCAAGGCCGAACCCGCCCCGGAGCCUGAGGAGUCCCCCGAAUCGUCCACUGCCAGCUCCACGGCCGAGGACGCUGCUCCCACCGUCAUCCCCAUCCAGUCCAUCUCAUCCGACGACAUGCUGCACGAGAACUGCCUUCAGAAGAAAUCACACACGUGCGUCCUUGCAUUCACUCCCGAGGGCUCUGCCGAUGGCGAGAAGGCCAUCGAAUCCCUGUCCAAGCUGAACACCAAGUACAUCCGUGGACAACACCAUGUCUUCCCAUUCUUCGCUCUGCCUGAUUCUGUCGACAUGUCCUCGACCCUCCGCACAUCUCUUGAGCUCGGUGCCGAUGUCGAGCUGAUUGCCUUCAAUGCCCGACGCGGCUGGUUCAAGCAGUUCCAGGGCAAGGACUACACCGUAGAGGGUAUCGAGGCUUGGAUUGACGCUAUCAGAAUGGGAGAGGGGGAGAAGAAGAAGAUGCCCGAGGGCGUGCUUGCCGUGAAAGUUUCUGAGGAGAGCCAAGCCGAGAAGAGCUCAUCAGAGGAAACCAAGGCUACCGACCCCGAGCCAGAGAUCGAGACUGAGGCGCCCGAGGAGGAAAUUGUGCACGAAGAACUGUAA